AUGCAGAGAAAGCCAGGCUUUCCCGUUGCAAAUUGCAGCAUAAAGCUGCCUGACAGCAUGCCUGUUGUUGAGGGGAUGCUGGAAGAAGAAGAACCUAUACAAAGACGUCAGCAACUUAUUAACUUUGGCCAUUCCGAAUGGGGAUUCAAUAACUGGAGUUGGACUGUUACAAAACAGGAACUAGAUUUUGUUGAACUUACAAAUGGGAAAUACACAGCAGGAGUGGCAUCUUUUGUUUCUGUGAUAGUAAAAACCUUGGAUAUACAAAGGGAAAAUAUUGGCUAUGCUACAUCUAUUGCUCCAAAUAAGGGAGCUGCCAUACAUAGAGCAAGAAAGUGUGCUGUUACAAAUGCACUUCGUGAAACAUUACUCAGUUUUGGAGGCAGUGUAGCUACAAACCUAAUGGAAGUAUUAGAAUCUCAUAAAUCAAAUGAUGUAGUAAAUCCACCACCUCCUAGGGACCCAGAGCCACUCCAAGAGAACAACCAAAACUUGAAUAAUAAGCUGUCAGAACCAAAAAAUAUAAAACAAAAUAUUAAAAAAGAUAUGAAUAUCCAAGCUCCUGUGUCAUCUGCAGUACCAGUUCCAGUUCCAGUACCGGUAGUUCCUGGGGUAAAAAAUAUUGUCAAUCCGCCAGUGGCUAAGGCUCAUCCAAUGCCAGCAAACUUGCCCCCUGCUAACCGAGGCCCCCCGGCAAAUGCGCCUCGACCCCCAGUACCUCCCCCAACCGUCAGACCAAACUCUAACGAGGUGAAAUUUGAAGACCUGAGUGAAGACGCUCGCGCGGAACGCAAACGCCGUCAGAGACUCGCUCAAGAAGAAUUUCGUUUGAAAUAUUUGCUGAAAAACAAUAGCGAACGUGAUCUCGAUAAAGAAAGCGAUAAUAGUCUUGAUGUUUUAAUGUUGGCAAUACCGACUCAAGACAUUGAGAUAGAAAGUACUGGUGACACUGGAGGGAAACGAAAAUCCCCCGUACUGGAUGGCAGCGCUAAAAGACGAAGCACUGUGAACAGAUUGGACAUUUACAAAGCU